CUUUUUCUUUUCCCCAAAAAAAUUUCAUUUCGAUUUUUCUAGGGUUUUGUUUCCCUGCUCUCCCUCGUUGAAGUCGACAAAUAUGAAGUAGUAGUAGACGACGAAGAAGAAAAAGAAUUAUAGUGUGUGAAAUACUGUAGAUACUAGCAGUAGUGAUUGGAAGUGAGGAUGGCAUCCACUUCUGGUACUAAAGAAACUCAUGAUUAUGAACCUUCUUCUUCUUCUGUAAAGGAUUUGAUGGAACAUGUGUUUUCUUGGAGUAUUGAAGAUAUACUCAACGAUGAUCUAUACAAAAACAAGGUGGAAAUGAUACCUAAGCGUUUUGAGUCCGUACAACAUUAUCUUGGCUCUUAUACUAUGCCGUUGCUGGAAGAAACUCGCAUGGAGAUAUGUUCACAAAUGGAGUUCAUGUCAGGUGUACCUCACGCUGAAGUAACCUCAAUAGAUGAGUCGAAGCUGCACGGUGGGUCAUUCUUGUACUGCAUCAAGGUCGACUCCUGGAGAAACCGAUAUGGUGUAUAUGGCAAAGAACCUUACAGUCCGAAACCUUUGGAUCUGUUUACUUUGGGUGAUGCUGUACCUGAAGUUGGUUCGGACUUGCAGCGGUUUGGAAGUAGUUGGUCUUUGGCUUCAGUUGUAGAAGAUGUGAGGGAGUCCGAUUCUGUAGGUCACGAAGACAGACUUAUAUGCUUUCAGGUUAAGACCUCAAAGCCCAUAAAGAUAGAGAUGAAAGAGGGCAGGAGGAAAUCACUUUUUGUGGUGUUUCUGGUAAACUUGGCAACGAACACUAGAAUAUGGAAGGCGUUACAUAUGUUUCGAAACUCGAAUAUCAUCAAGGAAGUUUUGUGUGCCGAUUACAUGGUAAAGGAAAAUUGUGGCCUCUGCUCUGCCCAAGUUGACAGGAUUUGUGCCCGAAAAGUUGAUUCACAAUUUUUACUGUCUCUUAAUGAAUCUCAAAGAACAGCGGUGUUGGGUACUAUAUCUGCAGUGCAGUGUAACCACAGGUCUUUGGUGAAGCUUGUUUGGGGUCCACCUGGGACAGGGAAAACCAAAACCAUCAGUAUAUUACUGUAUAGCUUGCUAAGUAUGAAUUGCAGAAUACUUGCUUGUGCCCCACAAAAUGCUGCAGUUGCUGAACUUGCAUUACGUAUCUUAAACCUUCACAAAGAUGCUUGCGAAUCAGAGUUGGGAGAGAACAAGUCAGGUUGUUCAUUAGGCAACUUUCUCUUGUUUGGGUCUAUGAAUAGAUUGGAGUUAUGUGAUGAUCUUGGAAAGAUUCAUGUGGAUCAUCGUGUGGACUGUCUUGUCGAGUGUUUUUCUCCAUUAACUGGUUGGAAAAAACAUUUCGAUUCCAUGGUGGAUUUUCUUGAAGAUUGUGCAUCUCAGUACCGUUUGCUUUUGGGGAACGAAUUAAUUGCAGAGGUUCAUGUGACAGAGAAAAUUGGAACUACUCCGGAAGUCCAAACGUCACUUCGCAAGUUUGCAAAAGACCAAUUCAGAGCUUUAGCAAUACCACUCAAAAGAAGCAUUAGAAUAUUAUGCACCCAUCUCCCCAAAAGACUUAUUUUGACGGACAAUUUUGAAAAGAUGGUUGGUCUUUGUGGUUUGCUGGAAUCUUUUGAAACUUUGCUCUCUCAAAGUCAGAUGGCUGACAAGGAAUUAGAGGAACUCUUUGCAUGGCAAGAAAAUUAUUUCAAGGAGGCACAAGGAAGUCGAGCGUCUAAUUAUACUUUAGCCACAUUACACAAGAUGAGGAUUGAAAGUGUUCAGAUUCUAAAAUCUGUCGGUCAUUCUCUUGGCGAUUGCCUUCCAAGCUCCACAAACAGAAGUUUCUUAACAGAGUUCUGUUUGAAAAAUUCAUCCCUCAUUUUUUCCACAGUAUCAAGCUCAUAUAAUCUGCAUGAGGUAGACCUGGAACCACUGGAUUUGUUGGUAAUCGAAGAAGCUGCUCAAUUGAAAGAGUGUGAAUCAGUGAUUCCCAUGCAGCUUGGAGCCAUUCGACAUGCUGUCCUGGUUGGCGAUGAGUGCCAUCCACAAGCUAGGGUCAAAAGCAGGGUGUCUGAUGAAGCUGGCUUCGGAAGAAGUCUAUUUGAAAGGUUGGGUUUGUUUGGGCAUUCAGAAGACCUUCUCAACAUGCAGUACAGAAUGCAUCCUGAAAUAAGCUCUUUCCCAAAUCGCAAAUUCUAUAAAGACCAGAUUAUAGAUGCUCCAAGUGUUCUUCGUGAAAAUUUUCAGAAUAAUUAUCUACCAGGACCUAUGUUUGGUCCCUACUCAUUCAUAAAUAUUUCCAAUGGAAGGGAGGAGCUAGAUGAAGCUGGGCAUAGUAUGAAAAAUAUGGUUGAAGUGGCAGUCGUAAUAGUAAUAGUGAGAAACCUUUAUAAAGCAUGGAAAGGCUCAAAGCAUAGCUUAACCAUUGGUAUUAUAUCUCCUUAUGCUGCCCAAAUUGCUGCAAUAGAGAAUAAAGUUGGUCAGAAGUAUGAGAAGCUAAAGCACUUUGUAGUGAAGGUGAGCUCUGCAGAUGGAUUCCAUGGCGGCGAGGAAGAUGUCAUCAUAAUAUCGACUGUCGGCUCUAAUCAUAGUGUGGGAUCAGAUGGGUUCCUUUCUAAUCCGCUACGUACUAAUGUCGCUCUGACACGGGCUAGGCACUGCCUUUGGAUUUUGGGGAAUGACAAAAAGUUGUGUAAAGUUGGAUCUUUCUGGGAAGAGUUAAUUCAUGAUGCGAAGCGGCGGGAAUGUUUUUUUAAUGCCGAUGAAGAUGAAGAGCUAGUGAAAACAAUGAUCAAGGCCAACAAAGAGCUUGAUCAGUUAGAUAAUUUACUUAGUGAAGAUAGUAUGCUUUUCAAGAAAGCUUUGUGGAAGGUCCUGUUCAGCAAUAACUUCAGGAGGUCAUUUGGGAAGUUGAAGUCAUCACAAUCACAAAAGUCGGUGGUCAAUCUAUUGGUUAAACUUUCCAGUGGUUGGCGCCCGAAGAAGGUUACGGCUGAAACUUUGUGUGGCAACUCUAUCAAGCUUGUGAAACAGUAUAAGGUUGGAAGUAGUUAUAUAAUUACUAGCAAUGAUGUUGCAAAAUACUCAUGCUACACCCAAGUUUUAAAGAUUUGGGAUAUUUUACCUCUUGAGGAGAUACCUAAACUAGUGAAGAGUCUGGACAGCAUAUUCUCCAUAUACACUGACGAUUACCUCAACCGCUGUAAGCAGGAACAUAUGAAGGGGGAUUUGGUUGUGCCAAUUACCUGGAGAAUUGAUGAUGAGACCGUUAGAUAUAAGAAUACUAAAAAUGCUGCGUUAAUAGAUAGUUCAAGUGACGGGGUAUCAGAUGGGAGAUGUUACAUUGAAAACUCAAAAGUGAGAGAUAGCCUAUUGCUCAUGAAAUUCUACUCCUUAUCAGCUGGUUUAGUAAAUCAUUUACUCUCGGGAAGUGAUGGAAAAGAGAUUGAUCUUCCUUUUGAAGUAACAGAUAAAGAAUUUGAUAUCAUUCUUUCCCCUAGAAGUACAUUCAUUCUUGGCAGGUCUGGAACAGGGAAAACCACUGUUUUGACAAUGAAAUUGUUUCAAAAGGAGCAGCAACACUACUUUUCUUGUAAAGGAUUUGUGGAAGCCAUGGGGUAUAUUUCUUUGAGUGCUCCAAGUGGGAAUGUUAGCAGAGUGGUUGGGAAUGAGACGAAAGGUACCGUCUUACGGCAAUUGUUCGUAACAGCCAGUCCAAAACUGUGCUCUGCCGUUAAAAACCAAAUUUCUAACCUGAAAAGCUUUAUCAGCAGUGGCAGGGCCUCAACAGAACCCUAUUCCAUUGAGUUGCCUGAUGUUGAUGAAGCAGUCCAACAUCGAGAUAUACUAUAUUCUCUUAGGGAUAUUCCACCUGAAAGUUUUCCACUUGUCAUAACAUUUCAAAAAUUCUUAAUGAUGCUUGACGGAAGUAUGGGAAAUUCGUAUUUUGAUAGAUUCAGUGAUAUAAGGGAACUUUCACAAUCUAAGAUGGCAACCUCAAGGUCAUUUGCUUUGCGUGCUCUUAGAAGAACGAAAGAGGUCACUUAUGAAAGAUUCAGCUCAUCUUACUGGCCUCAUUUUAAUUGCCAGAUGACCAAGAAGCUUGAUUCAUCUAUGGUCUUUAUGGAGAUAACCUCACACAUAAAAGGUGGGCUAUUUGCUGGAAGGUUACCUGAUGAUAAACUUAGUCGGAAGGAUUACCUAUUACUAUCUGAGGGACGGGUGUCAUCCCUAAGCAGGGAAAGAAGGGAGAUGAUUUAUGAUAUUUUCCUUGAAUACGAGAAGAUGAAAAUACUAAAUGAUGAGUUUGAUUUGGCUGAUUUUGUCAUUGACCUUCAUCGUCGAUUGAAAACUGGGUCUUACGAGGGUGAGGAAAUGGAUUUCGUGUAUAUUGAUGAAGUACAGGAUCUCACCAUGAGACAGAUCGGUCUUUUUAAAUAUAUUUGUAGAAAUUUUGUGGAAGGAUUUGUUUUUUCUGGUGACACUGCACAAACUAUUGCUGGUGGGGUUGAUUUCAGAUUCCAGGAGGCUAGAUCUUUGUUCUAUAAUGAGUUUAUUUUGGAUUCAAGAAGUGACGGCAUGGGAAGUGCAAAAGACAUGGAUCAAUCUCGUAUGUCAGACAUCUAUCAUUUGAACCAGAACUUCCGUACUCAUGCAGGUGUUCUCAACUUGUCACACAGUGUAAUUGAACUUCUGCAUGUAUUCUUCCCACACCACAUUGACAAUUUAAGUCCCGAAACAAGUCUUAUUUAUGGAGAAGCACCAAUUUGGCUUGAAUCUGCAAAUGAUGAUAAUGCAAUUAUAACUAUCUUUGGAAAAAGCGGUGAAAAUGCUGGUAGGAGUGUGAGCGGAUUUGGUGCAGAACAAGUCAUUUUGGUACGUAAUGAAUCUGUGAGGAAGGAAAUUGCUGAAUAUAUUGGAAAACAAGCUCUGGUUCUGACUAUAGCAGAAUGCAAGGGCUUAGAAUUUCAGGAUGUUUUGCUUUACAACUUUUUUGGAACGUCGCCUUUAAAGAGUCAGUGGAGAGUUGUUUAUGGGUAUAUGAAGGAACAAAAUCUUCUAGACUCCAGUGAUGCAAAAUUUCCAAAUUUUAGCAAGGCGAAACACCAAAUUCUCUGCUCUGAACUGAAGCAAUUGUAUGUUGCUAUCACUCGUACUAGGCAGAGACUGUGGAUCUGUGAGAGUAUGGAUGAUUUUUCAAAGCCUAUGUUUGAUUAUUGGAAGAAGUUAUGUCUCGUUCAAGUGAGAGAACUCGAUGAAUCACUUGUUCAGGCAAUGCAGGUUACAAGCAGCAAAGAGGAAUGGAGUUCACGCGGUAUCAAGUUACUGGAUGAAGGUAAUUAUGAGAUGGCAACAAUGUGCUUUGAAAGAGCUGGUGAUCCAUUUUUGGAGAAACUCGCCAAAGCUUCUGGUCUUAGAGCUGCUGGCGUUCACAUGCUUGGUUCUAAUACUGACCUAGCUCGUGCUGCUCUAGUAGAAGCAGCUGAGAUUUAUGAAUCAAUUCGGAAGGCUGAUUUUGCUGCCAAAUGUUUCAUGGAGUUGAAGGAUUUCAAAAGAGCAGGUAUGAUUUAUUUGGAAAACUGUGGGGAAUCUUGGCUAGAAGAUGCUGGUGACUGUUUCAGCCUUGCUGGAUGUUGGUCUACUGCAGCUGAUGUGUAUUCUAGGUGUAACUGCUUUUCCAAGUGCUUGCUAGUUUGCACGAAUGGCAAUCUCUUUGAAACCGGUCUUCAGUUCAUAGAAUAUUGGAAAGAAAGUGCAAGGCUAAACCCUGACACCGCCAAAAGUCAAGAUCUAAUAGAUCUGGAACAAAGUUUUCUCAAAAGUUGUGCCAUUCACUAUGAUCAACAGAAGGAUACUAAUAAUAUGAUGAAGUUUGUUAGAGCCUUCAACUCGUUGGACAUGAUAAGAAAUUUUUUAAGGUCUCGUGAUUAUCUUGAUGAGCUCAUCCUCUUUGAAGCGGGGUCUGAGAAUUUUAUGGAAGCUGCAACUGUUGCGAGAUUGAAAGGGGAUUGUCUUCAUGAGGCUAAUAUGUUAGAGAAGGCAGGGCACUUGGUAGAGGCGACGGAGGUCAUUCUGUUUUAUGUUCUUGGGAAUUCUGCUUGGGCAAAUGGGAACAAAGGUUGGCCCUUGAAAAUGUUCGCGAACAAAGAAAAACUUUUGGCAAAAGUUAAGUUGAUGGCAAAAAGCAAAGAUGAUAUCUUAUACCAAUUCGUUAGUACAGAGGCAAGCAUAUUAUCAGACACCAAUAGUAGAUUGUCAGAGAUGAAUGACUGUUUUAUUGCUUCACAGAGAUUCAAGAGUCUGCGGGGUGAAAUUAUUUCUUUGAGGAAAAUCAUUGACUACCAUCUAGAUUUAGCACCUUCAGAGUACGUCUGGGUAGAUGAUGUGAUCUUGAAUACAACAGAGCAUGUAGAGAAUUCAAUAUCGAAGAACAGGGUCUCCGUUCAAACAUUAACUUACUUCUGGAAUUUAUGGAAGCAAAAGAUAAUAAACAUAUUGCAUUAUCUCGAUUCUCUUGGAACUCAAGAUAAACAAGAUCAUGAAAGCUACGAGAAAUUCUGUUUGGGCUACUUAGGUGUGUAUAAGCAGAAACAUGAUCAAAGUUCCAUAUACAUCCUGUUGAACAGUGAUGCCUGUUGGAGAAAAGAAAUCGAGGAUCGAUUUCUUCGAAAGACCAGAGAAUUGCUUGGCAUGAAUGGUCACCAAUUUGCGUCUUCUGCCCGAAGCUAUUGGUUAUCAACAUUACUUAGUAUCUGUAUGCAAGUAUUGGAGAAGCUGGAAAGCCUCGAUAAAAUUUCUGGUAUUUACAAAGUUGGUAACGAGUCUUUCAUGCGCUUUACUGGUCCUUUCCGACGAGGAAUAACUGCGCUUAACAGUUAUCAAGUUGCAAAAUCGAUAUUAGAGACUAAGAUAUUGGACAAAAAGCUUUCCGGGGAACUGCUCAAGUGCUUGACGCAUUCCAAGGAGCAUUUUUACGCGAUAUUUUGUCUGAGAGACCAGAAACAAAUGAUGUUCAAGCAUAUGAUGGAUUUGAGACUAACUGAGGUCUCUCAGGAUUUAAUCAAAGAAAUUACCAUUGAGAUCAUGAGCAAAAAAGGCAGGUUAAAGUAUGUGGAAAUGUGGAGUGUGGUCUUGCAGAUUUUUACGUUUGGUAAUCUAAGCGAAGAACUUUAUCAAGUUAUAACACAACGUUCGGAUCUAUCUCCAGCAUAUAAAGUUUUCAUUAAGCAGUUGAAAGAGAGCAAGAUGUCAGGAUUGGUCUCGGUUUCUUUGGUCAGCAAUUUUGAAAAAUCAUUACAAGAAACACUCAACCACGACUGGAAGAAAGAUUCUGAUUACAUGUCACCUUCCUGGUUUGUUUACUUUCUUGAACGUCUUGUUUUCUUUGUUUCAUCUUGGCAUGGUUCCUUUUUCACACUAAAGUCUUCUGUUCGAGAAACAGUUCCCUGGGGAAACCUAAGAUGCAACUCAAGCUCUUUGUCUGUAGCUGAUUCAAAAGUUCUCUCGAAGAGGUCUUUCGAUUUUAUAGCAUCCAAGAUCAAAGAAAUUUUAUCAAGUAGGGUAGGAUGGCUUUGGGAACGUGAUUUUGACGCAGUGGCUUACUACCCUUUUCUGGUCCGGAAGUUGGUUCUCUUGGUUGCUUUAAUUUGUUUGAAUUCUGGAAGUCACUUUGAUUUGCUGUACAGUUUACUUGGUAGAUACGAUAUAAUAACCGUACUGCCGGCUGAGUUUUUCAAGAUCCUCGAGAAAAGAGGCACAAAGCAUUUUGAUAGGUUGCUUGCUGAUAUCCUUGAAGCAAUUGGGAAUCCUUUGGUCUGCUUGAGGUCAGGGAUAAAUCAGAGAGAACUUUUGAUCCACAAUGUCUUAGAGAUAGAUGUGGAUAUGAUUCACUCCAGUGAAGAAAUCUUGGAAAUACUGUACUCAGAAAUAUCAUUAUAUGGCGGAAACGAUAAAAUGGAGUAUGGAAGUCCAAGUGAUGGAAAUGCUCGUUUUUCCAAAUCUGACCAUAUGAGUUGUACACUAUUGCCAGCUGUGCCUGAUUAUGAUUCAGAAAAUAUAGAAUUGUUGACGGAAACCGGAGAAUUCGAUCAUGGGAGGACGCUGCAGUUGUUUAUGAAUACAUCUCGUGUUUAUAUGUUUUCAAAAGGCAUUUUUGAGGACAUCGGCUUUUUUAAUUGCAAACCACAGAUGAAGUUGGAUAUUUGCAUUUGUUUUCAAGAAAGCAUUGGUGGUCCAUAUGUUAAAUAUGAAAAAUGGAUGAGGGAACUAAAGCAGCUCUCUUUUGCAUUAAGCUGCAGUAAUGAGGAUCCCGAUAUUCAAUAUUCAAAGAUUGACGACUGCUUUAAGAAUUUGAGUGCGCCUCCAAGUAUGAGACAAUAUUUAAUCCAGGGUUUGUUUGGGAUGAUUAUUAAAUUUACCCCGUAUAGCAAGAAAAUCAAGCAAGAAGAAAGACAAAAGUCCACGAAGCAGGCUGGAAAGGAUAAAGGCAAGAAGAAGAAGUAGUAGUAUUCUGUUUGGCAGGAGUUACAGCGUCCUCGUGAUAACAUCCUUUCAUUGGGGAUUUUUUUUAAAACUCUGUUAGCAGCUAAAAGAGAACAACAUUGAUUCCUUUUUCUGUGAGGAACCAGAAUCUCUACAGUCUAGAAUAUGGCAGUCACGACAACCCAUUUUUCUUAUUGAAGUUUCAGCUUUCCAGGUUCUUACAAAGAUUUUAUGUGUUAUAUGCAGUCGGUAUGUCUUUUCAACGCUAUGCUGUUCUUGAUAUGUAAUUGUGCUUCAAUCAGAAUUACAUUAUUAUGUAAGGAGUGUGUAUCGUCUAAGUCUUAAGAUUAAUUACUAAAGUGUAGCUAGUUCAGUGUAGUUGUUUCAUAAAUCCACUGAAAGACUGUUUCUUUUUUCAGUUUCCAUUUGAAGCUUCCACGCAUUUGGAGCUAACUGGGUACCAAAUUUUUCUUCAAGGAUUUACAUUUUUGUUUCUU